ACCAUCUCGCGCACAAUGGGAAGAUGUGACCGGCUCAACACCAUUGACAUUCGUAAACGAUUGUGUUUCAUUUACCACAACCGUAUCGGCUAGAUUUUGGUUGAUGGACUGCAGGAACAUCUCCGAAGCUACUAAGAUGGCCACCGAACUUUACAAGGAGGUAAUCCAUGUGCCGUUUAUGGCCAAGUUUGUAGUCUUCGCCAAGAAAGUGGAACCUUACGAAGCCCGCCUGCGAGUUUUCUGCAUGACCGAUGAUCGCGAAGAUAAGACACUCGAAAAGCAGGAAAGGUUUACAGAAGUUGCCAAGAGUCGUGACGUUGAAGUACUCGAAGGCAAACCACAAUUUAUUGAAAUGGCUGGUAAUUUAGUGCCAGUCACCAAAUCUGGAGAUCAAUUGCAAUUACAAUUCAAAGCAUUCCGUGAAAAUCGUCUACCAUUUACGGUACGUGUCAAGGACCAACACGCCGACAUUGUGGGACGUACAUUGUUUAUGAAGGAGCCAAAAGUUGCAAAGGGCGAGCCACCGCAACAUCCCAUCUGUAUUUUGAAUAUUGUAUUACCCGACAUUGUCAUACCGGAUACAACUACCGAGUUCAGCGAUAAGAUUACCACAACCUAUCGGAGCUCGCUGUUUAGUUUGAGCAAACAUCAGAACGAUCAUUACAUCGGCGAUAUACGUAUUGUGGAUUUGUCCAAUUUACUAGGCAAGGAUUGGAUACAAUUAGCCUCUGAAAUCGGUAUUAGUACGGAAGAGAUUGAUGAGAUCAUAAAUCAAAAUACUGAUAGUAUUGCGCGGCAGGCCCAAAGCAUGAUACGACUUUUCAAGGAUAAACCAAAUUACGAUAUACACGCCUUAGAAGUAGCGCUCAAAAAUAUUGGACGUGAUGAUAUUAUGAAAAAGUGCAAAAGUGGGCGGCUUUCACACUCUCGCGACUUUGACGAAACCGACAUUAUGAAGAAUUCGGAAUCGGUGGAGGAACUCGUGCGACAAGAGAGUAAACGAAUUCAACAGAUCCAUGACCAUGAGGAAGUCAAAUACUCGGCGGAGGAAAAGGAAGUGGAAGAAUCUGAAUCAGACGAAGAAAUCACGAAGCGCACUGUAGCCGAACGACGAGAGAAGAUCGUUAAAAGACUCUCCAUCGAGCGGCAAAUUCCAGCUUCAUCGCAGAAAAAGGAAAUUACACGCGAAAUUUCCGAAAUAAAACGUAAGAGCCUAAUCGAGGACAAAAAGGCUAUUCAUGAGUCGGAAAUUAAUAUGCAAUUACCGACAGAUAACAUUGUUAAGUCCACUGUUGCUCCCGAUCAAGUUAUGAAAAUGAAAAUGGGUAAAAUGGAUACAGGGGAAAUAAGUAAAAGUGAUUUUGAUAAGGAACUGACGCACAAAUUAAAAACUUCUGGACGUAGCUCAGAAGAGGAAGAUUCCACAACGGAAUAUAAGCAAAUUCAGGAUGAUGAGAACUUAAAAAUCGUACAAGAUAUUAGCGCUGUAGAGAAACCAAAGCACCUGCAAGAGUCGCCGAUUACUUCGGAACAAGAAAAGGCAAAGCAAAUGACUGAAGAUUUUUUAAAUGUAGAAAAGCAAACGCAACUUCCAGCAGAUAUUACCAUCAGCGAGAAAUUUGUUGAAGAAGUAAAGGAAAAAGAAUUGAAAGUUGCGGAAACGGUAGAGAAAUCGAGUCAGAAAAUUGAGAAAAUUAUAACUGCUUUUGAGGGUGGAAAAUAUGAGGAUGAACUGCAAAAGCUGCCGCCCACAGAGAGUAAAACAUCCAUAGUGAACCAGGAGAAGGGUAGCACAAUUGAGGAUAAAAUUGCCGACUUCGAAGCUAGAGGUGUUACCUAUGACAUGAUAUCAGUGCUACCAAAAGAUAUAAAGAAACACGGUGAGAUGCCAACAGACGAUGUGUAUCAGGCAGGCGAAGAGCCCACUAAAUCGUUUGAGAAAUCCAUCACCGAAGACUUUCUAAGUAUGGAGCAAAAAUCUCAAUUGCCUAUCGCAACUGAAAUAACUAAAAAAGCUAUUACUGUCGAUGAACCACUUCAGGAAACCACACGUCCAGUCGCUGAGAAAAGAACAUCUCUGGCCGAAAGGGUGCCAGAGCCAAGAGCGCGACUCUCUACAGAAGUGCAGGCGGAGCCCGAAAGUGCCGAGGGAAAGAAGACUCCCGCAGAGCCAAUACAUAAAGUCACAGAAAUCACAAAAGAAUUCGAAAAAGUUAUCGAAAAAGGUGGCGAAACCGUUACCACCGUUACCACCGCAACAAAGAAGCUGACGCAUGAGUUCUUGAGCAUGGAACAAAAGGCGCAGACGGAGGCGAAGAAAACAGUGAGUGAACUUGCAACUAGCACUGCGGAGGUAAGGGAAACGGCUGAAGAACUUUUUGAAACUACAACCGAAUUGGAGGUGUCAGCGAAAGACGUCGAAAUAGCAAAAAUGCAAAUGAAAGAAGUUACUAAAGAUUUGGCUGCAGAUCUUAAAGAAACUAAAAAAGGACUAGAAGUGGAUUCGAAGACUGAGUUGCGGACAGGAGUUUUAGAAAGCGCACGCGAAUUUGAGAGCGCCACAAAGACUGAAGUAUUGAAGACCAUAAAAGAUUUGAAACAAACCGAGGAUAAAGUAGAAAGUAAAAUAGUAUCUGACGUGUCUGAGACCACGAAAGACUUAAAAGAAGCUGCUAAAACUGUAGAGGUUGCGAAGAAAACGGCAACUGAAACUUUGAAGGAGACGACAGAGGUAACCAAGCAGGAAAUAGACACACAAAUUGAAAAAACUAAAAAAGUGUUAAGCAGUGUUGUGGAUGUGACAAAAGAAACAACAGGCCUAUCUAAAGCCGCGGCCGAUGAAGUGAAAAUCGAUAAGACGGCUAAAGAAGAAAAAACUACAAUUGAGACGAUUCUUUCAACUCAGCAAGCACAAAAGUCAAGCGAAACGCUGCCUGCUGUUGAAACGAAAAAGCUAACAGCAGACUUCCUGACAAUGGAACAACAAAUGCAGUUGCCGACCUCCAAAGAACCAGCAGAAGAAGAUCAGAAACAUGAACUCUUAAAAUCUGCCACUCAUACUGUUAUACCCUCAGUUUUGGGUGCUACUGUCGUUCCUGGCCUAUCCUCUGGCUUGGAAGUUAGACAGCAACCAGCUACAGCCCCGGUGUUAGCAGACACUGAAACUACCGAGGUUAAGAGCGCGAUGAGCGAUCUGAUUAAAACGACAAGCGUUAUCAUGGCUACCGUACCGAAACUCGGAACUGAGGAAGCCGUUAGGUCGUUGGAGGAAAGUCUUAAAGAUAUCAAAAUGGACGUGAAAGCCUUGAGAGAAGAACCAGCAAAAACAGAUACUAAGUCAGACACAACACUAAUCGAUUUCGAACCUGACAUUGUAGUCGAUGAGAAAACAACUACACUCAAGAUGAGUUCAGCGGUGACGGAUACAGUCAAAGAGGAGAGCAUUAAACUUGUUGAAUCAAUUAAAAAGCUAGAAGAAGCAAUAAAAGUAGUCGAUAAGUCAAAAGAAGAUGGCAUUGAGGUAGCCGCGCCCAUCAAUGAGGCAGACAAGGUGACUGCAGUGGGCGUAAGAAAGUUAACUGAAGACUUUCUAACCAUAGAACAGACCACCCAAUUCACGACAAGCACAAAACCGACUAAAGAAACUAUUGUAACGGAUGCGUAUGGUAAAACAACUACACUACCCGCACGCGAAGAUACACAGCCAGUAGCGCAAAUUGUUAGCAGCACUGGCUUGAGUGAAGAAAUUAACAAGAUUGUAACGGAGGCGGCAACAAAAAUAGACACAAUUAAAUUGACCGAUGACUUCUUGGCCGCAGAACAGCGAACUCAGUUACCAGUUGACCAGCAGCAAGCAACCCAAGCUACAAUCGCCCACAAGACAACCGAUGAGUUGGCUGCACCUGCACCUGUACAACCACGAAAGUCUAUAACACUCACAGACGCUGAGUUUUGCAAGUCAGUUGAGGAGACGAUUACAAAGAAGAUGAGCGCGGGACAAAUUGAAAUAGGCGAUGAGCUCAAAACGAAAGCGAGCGACAUUCCAGAUUCACAGACCCCACCACCGACGCCAAUCGAAAUCAGAACUGAUAGGCAAGACACAGUAGAAACAUCGCCACGCAAAACUUCCGAUGAGAAAAGCCAUCUAACUGAUACUGUGAUUACUUUACAUAAGACCACAGAAUCGACAUUCGAACGUGUUUCGGGAAUUUCGAAAAUCGCAUUGUAUCAAGUAAAGAAAAAUUAAAUAUUCGAC